AAAGUGCCAGUUCUACUGUCUGGUUUGUGUAAAGUCGUCGAGACGAAUUGUUUAAUAUAUUUUAAGCAAAUUCUUUAAAAGAACAAUUUGAAACGAUGGCGUUGCGAGUCCUUUCUGUUUCUCAGAAUUUACGCCAGCUCUCGAGAGGAGCUGAGAUUUUAAAACGCUAUAAGGCAACUGCCAGCCUUAAGAAGAUUCUCGUGAAUAUUCCAGCCACCCAGGUAACCCGUUUGGAUAAUGGACUGCGUGUUGCUAGUGAAGACUCUGGUGCCGCUACUGCUACUGUUGGUCUUUGGAUCGAUGCUGGAUCUCGCUCGGAAACAGAAAAGAACAAUGGUGUUGCACAUUUUUUGGAACAUAUGGCUUUCAAGGGUACUGCUAAACGUUCUCAAACCGAUUUAGAAUUGGAAGUUGAGAAUUUAGGCGCACAUUUGAAUGCUUACACCUCUCGCGAGCAGACCGUGUUCUAUGCUAAAUGUUUAUCGAAAGAUGUCCCAAAAGCUGUUGAAAUUUUGGCCGAUAUCAUUCAAAAUUCCAAAUUGGGUGAAUCCGAAAUCGAACGUGAACGAUCAGUUAUUCUUCGUGAAAUGCAAGAAGUUGAAAGCAACUUGCAGGAAGUAGUGUUCGACCACUUACACGCCACCGCCUAUCAAGGCACCCCAUUAGGUCAGACCAUCCUAGGACCCACAAAAAAUAUUAAGUGCAUCGGUAAGCAAGAUCUCUCCGAAUAUAUAUCAACUCAUUACAAAGCCUCCCGAAUUGUGCUUUCUGGUGCUGGCGGUGUUAAACAUGACGAGCUGGUUAAAUUGGCGCAACAGAAUUUAUGUGGCUUGGAAAACACUUAUAAUGGCAAACCACCUGUAGUAACACCAUGUCGUUUCACCGGCUCGGAAGUGCGUGUACGUGACGACUCUUUGCCACUUGCACAUGUUGCCAUUGCUGUAGAAGGCUGCGGUUGGACUGAUCAGGAUAAUAUCCCUUUGAUGGUUGCAAAUACUCUGAUCGGGGCUUGGGAUCGCUCUCAAGGUGGUGGAGUUAACAAUGCUUCGAAUUUGGCACGUGCCAGCGCUGAAGACAAUUUGUGCCACAGUUUCCAGUCAUUCAACACCUGCUACAAGGACACUGGUUUGUGGGGUAUCUACUUCGUUUGUGAUCCUUUGCAGUGCGAGGACAUGUUGUUUAAUGUGCAAACCGAAUGGAUGCGCCUCUGCACAAUGGUGACCGAGGCUGAAGUCGAACGCGCCAAGAAUUUGUUGAAGACUAACAUGUUGCUCCAACUUGAUGGUACCACACCUAUUUGCGAAGAUAUUGGUCGUCAAAUGCUCUGCUACAAUCGUCGUAUUCCAUUGCACGAACUGGAGCAACGCAUUGAUGCCGUAAGCGUUAGCAAUGUACGUGAUGUGGCCAUGAAGUACAUUUAUGACAGAUGCCCUGCUGUUGCUGCUGUCGGCCCCGUCGAGAACCUGCCUGAAUACAACAGAAUCCGCUCAUCGAUGUACUGGUUAAGAGUCUAAUUGAAUUGCGAAGACGAAAAACUUCUUCGGUCAAUUUAGUGUAAUUUGGGAGAAACUAAAAUAAAACCACAUGAAGAUAAUAUCCAAAGCUGAACGAGCCCCUUAGUGUGAAUCCGAAAAAUAAUUGUAUAGUUAAAUGCUGUAGGAAAAAAUUUGGAAAUAUGUCCCUGACGGAAAAUCGGAAAAUGUAUUACCAAGAGUUGCAUAAUCAAAUUUCAAUAAUGAAAUAAAUUUAAUUUAAUAAUAUAA